UCAUCUUUCCGCUCUCACCCUUUUAAGUAGUACCACAUAAAAACUCUCUUUCUACAAGUUUUCAAGGUCGCAGCACAAGUCCUCCCAUGGAUGCCGCUGCUCAACCCACAGCUUAUCUGUAUGCGAUCCUUCUACCUUCAUCUUCCUUCUGGUGUCUUGAAAACAGCCGCAGUACUGUCGUGGUUUUAUCUACGGCCAUGCAUCCUGGAUUUCGAUGGUUUUGAUUCAGCUUGCACCCUGCAUGGAAGCUUUAGGGAAGGGGAGGCCAGCGAAGAACAAGAUCCAUCAGGAACAGGUACAGUGGGUCAGAGCCUUGAGAUGCCUGGAGAUGGGUAUGCAUGGAGAAAGUAUGGGCAAAAGUUCAUUCUAAAGAUAAGAAAGAACAGCUACUUCAAGUGCCGCGAAGAGGGAUGCAAGGCGAAGAAGAGGGUCGAAUGGCCUCCCUCGGACCCCAGCAGCGUCAAGGUCACUUACGACGGAGUGCACCACCACCCAUCGCCACAGCUGCUUUCAGCUUCGUAUCAAGAGGAGCGAGCAGGAAUGGCCAAUAGAUACAAUUUGGUAAUCCAAGUGCUUGGUCCUCCUGGUGAUUCUUCGUGAAGCGCUUUGGCUGAGCAGAUCAUAUCCUAAUAACACACGACAUACACAUACAUAAUGCUCGAUCGACUAGUUCUGGUUGGCUAGCUUGUUCGAGGAGCUCGUUUAUGGUGUUAUUCUAGUCUUAACACAGAAUAUAUACAUCCAGUUGUUUUCCUUUUUAUUUCUUUGUCUCCACUCACACAUAAAGCAACGUUUAAUGUUCCUCUUUCUUUA